AUGUCAGAGGAGCAACAAAGAACUGAAAGGGUACGGGAACUGUGCUUAUUUGGAGUAUUUUUCCUUUGAAACAGUAUGCAAACUCUUGUCUUUUUCUGGUUCAUUUUGUAGGUGGAGAAAGUCGGGGACUUGACCGUCCAUGUUGUGGUAGGUUCUUUUUGUCUUACUUUAUUUAAUUGUCUGUUUUUUAAUUUAGGCUGUUCAUGUGGUGAUUUUUUGCUUUUAACUGCAUCGUGUAGGAAAUCGAGGGUGUUUUGCACGCUGCAGAACGCUGAGCUUGUUAAGCUAAAAAGCUUGGGUUAUUUUUGAUACGCUCGCUAACUCAUUGCACCGUUGAUCGCUGACCUUCUUAGGGCGAAGAUUCGAGGGACAAACAGGACGAGAAGGAAAAUAUUAGGAAGAAGGAGGUCAUGAUAACCUUCCAUGAUGUGGGGAUGAAUCGUAAGUGAUGUUGGUGUUCGCAAAAUUCAUGUAAAUUUUUUCUGUUUGUUAUCGAUGCUGAUAUUAGAUCAGCCCCGCUGCUAGAUUCUAUUGUAUGAAUUUUCUGCAAAACAACGGCCAACGUGCGUCACUGUUAACCUUGUGAACUGGACAAAAACAAUAAUGCAUCUUCCUGUUGAUCAGUCACGUAGCAUCGCAUAUCUAAAACUAAUCAUGAGUGAAAAAUCAGCUGUGGGAAUAAUGCUUGGCCGAGUUUCUUAAUUGCGUUUGUGCGUUGGCUAGCACUGUAAUACAGUAUCAUUGUAUGGAGCGGAUCCUGAGAAGCACAUACUCAGACAAAUAACGUUUUGAUUCAAGUUAUCCUUUCAUCGAGCUUGUGAAAUCUCACUCAUCCGACCAAUUCUUGUUCCAACUAGCUAAAUUUAUCAUUAUGCGUGACUUCUCACGGAUCGAAAUCGCAAACUUUGACCAAAGGUUAGGAUCAAUUUUCUGCAGGGAUAACUUAAGGGAAAUUAAGAUUGCAUUGUGUAUACCUAAAUCACAAUAUGAAAGAAAUAUUGCACUGAGAUACUGUAUAUAUUUCUCAAAGCUUGUAAUACCUUCGCGCAUCAGUGAAUGAACUGGUGGGUCAUUUAGUAUAUUGCACCAUCGAUUGAGCGAUGCACAGCCAGUGAUAAAUCAAAACACGCCAUAUCAAUAAUAUGCGUGAUUAAAUUAAAUUAAAUAACUACCUUGUUUGUGAUUGCAUUAAUUUUGGUGAUAUAAAGACUCUACAUCAUCAAUGUUACAUCUCUUAGGAAAGCCCUGUUAAGUAAAGCUAUUGACAGGGGUUUAGUUUUGCUAAGAAUAUACUUGUGAUGGAAAGGUAGAAACCAAGAAAACAAUCGGUAACAAGUUUCUACACUGUCUUGUGGGUGUGUCCUUGCAGUUUCAUCUCAGCUUGUUUUCUGUCAUAGUAUUUCUAGCCAGUUGUCAAACUUAUUAGUCUCUUCUCAUUGUGUUUACUCCUUCCGUUUUUUGCUGCUUUCUCAGUUAACCAUUUAGCCAGUGAUGCUUUGAAAGCUUGUGCAUUUAUGAGCUAUUUUUGGACACAUAAAAGAAACUUUUCAUUGAAUUACACGAGUUUAAGAGUCAAGAAAUUUUACUUUUUUUCCUGUAGAUAAGACAUGCUUUGAAAGAUUUUUCCAGCAUGAGGAUAUUGUAGGCCUUUUGGAUCGCUUUGUAAUCUACCACAUUGAUGCACCAGGACAGGUGAGGAAUCCCAAGGGAAAUGACUUUUAACCCUUUUAACCCUAAGAUCAAAAUUUGAAAUCUCAUUUGUUGCCCCUAUUCAUUUCCUAUAGAAGUGGUGAGGAGAAGUUGAGAAAAUAUCAAGCAAAUUCAUCUUGUGUGAUCAUGUCUAUAAGUCUCAUGACCACUCUGUUUUACAAAGCAUUGAUAUUACAAGGAGAAAUUUGAUGCUGAUCACUCUUAGGGCUUAAAGGGCUAUUAAUUAUUCACCCUAGCGUGCAUCACAGGUUUAAUCUAACCCUAGUUAGUAACGUCUGCAAAGCAAUGUCUAUAUCCAUGGUAUGGGCUCUUAAAUGGAUGCAACAAAUUACUGGAAAUGUGUUUUGAAUUUCCCUUCAGUCUGAUUCGCAAAUCGACAAUGCCAUUUGUAACAGGCAAAUCAUGGUGUGUGGUGUGUACUCAAAUCCUGUUUCACAAGUGGGGCCCAGAGCAAGGCUUUUGGCACUUCUUUUCAGACCGACUUAACCAGUAUCUCUUUAAAUGUUCUCAAAAGAUAGCCAAAGUCUUAAAGUCUUAAUGAUGCUGACAGUUUUGAUGACUAUCAGCCAUCUUUAAGACUUGGGCUAUGUUUUGAGAACAUUUAAAGAGAUAUUAACUGUACUAGCCUGAUGAAUUUCUUCAAGAAUUUACAACUUAACCAUAGUUAAAUUCCGUCUGUGGUGCAGGCUUAAGUUACUACGCAGGCACACUUCGCUAGAAAUCACCUCCAAGCAUGCUUGCUUAAAAUGUCAGGCAAGAAAGCCUAUGCAAUUUGUAUAGGUGAUUAUGACGACUUUGAGUUAAAUUUGGAAUUUAUUUGCAUGAGUGUGUUUUUCAAAAAGUAUCAAAAUUGCAUGAGCCAGUAGGGUGAAUGUGAUUUUAGCUUUUCAUAAAACACACAAGUGCAAAAAAAUUCCAAAUUGACGAGAAAAAAUUGUUUGAUUACUUUUUAAUAAUAUACAUGGAAAACUUUACUUACCUGGCUCUGUUUAAAUGCUUUUCGCAGCAAGCUACCGGUAGACGUGGUUGUUUGGCUUAUAGCUUCAAAAAACUUGUUUUGAGGAGCUGAAUUGCCUGUCCCUAUUUUCAGAACAGGUAUAUCUGUUCUCUUUAAUUUAAAGCGGUUUGUUGAGGUCGGCGGGCUCAUAACUCUCAAUUUGCUCGGAAAAUCUUUCCUCUUCUGUACAAUAAUUGUUUCAAACAUCAACUCAAUAUCCAGUCCUCUUUUCAUUGUUUUUGUUUGUGAAAGUUCUUUUUCAAUUCUUCAAUGGUAGUUUCUGUCGUGACUGAACUAAAAUCAGCUUUGUACACUGGCAAUUUUUCCACUCGCAAACUCCAAGGUACCGGCCAGCUUUCCAACAGCAGAUUGAGGCACCUGAUUGGUUCUUAUAUAUUUCUAUUGUUUAUUAGCCGAUCACAGUUUUCCAUUCAGUUCCCCGAGAAAUUUGCAUUUUAUUUCCUUCUUGUUGCAUUUUGUUUUGUCAUUUUUGCACUAUGUCCACUAAAAAAAUGCAAUGCUCUCAGGAAAUCAGAUUCAAGAAAUUUUUUUUAUGUAUAUUAUUAAUUGUAAGAAAGUAUGGCAGCAUGCCAUAUAGAAAAUAACUGCUUGCUUGAUUUGCCUUCAGAUGUUUAUUUGAGUUGAUGUUUUUCUUCAUGCUUUAUACAAUUAUUUAUGUGCACACAUCAGAAAGAAGUAGGUCUAUAAUUCAAAAGCAAAAGUUGGAAUUCUUCCUCCAGAAGACUUUAGAGAAGACAAUCAGGUAUGGUCGUCCGAACGUUUCAAAAUUCGCUAAACUUAAAUUCGUUGUCGCUAUCUUGAAUUCGUUGUCGCUAAUUUCAAAUUUGUUGUCUCUAACUUGAAGUCGGUGUCGCUAAAUUUUAUUUCGUUGUCGCUAAAAUUAAACUUGUUGUCGCUAACUUGAAGUCGUUGUCGCUAAAUUUUAUUUCGUUGUCGCUAACUUGAGGUCGUUGUCGCUAAAAUUAAACUCGUUGUCGCCAACUUGAAGUUGUUGUCGCUAACAUUAAAGUUUUCGUUGUCGCUAACUAUCAAGGCGCUAAACUUAAUUCGUUGUCGCUAACUAUGAAGUCGUUGUCGCUAAAAUUAAGUGAACUCGGUAUCGCUAACUAUACUAAGGCGCUAAAAUUUACUUUGAAAUAUCAUAGGGGUUGACAAGCCUGACUCACACUUUCCACCCACGUGUUUUAGCCUUUAAAUCUCAGAGAUUAGCUUUUACGAGUAUAUCUUUCAGAGACCUUCCUCGUUUGUAUGAUAUAAUUGGAGGUUCUUUGUAGAUCUGUCUAAGAAGAGGUUGUUUCUCUAUCAGUUGCCAGUGUUUCAUAAGAAUGUUUUUAAGGCUGGGAACUGAUGGUUAAUACUGCGUGACAGCGGGGGCAAAAUGGUUUUUUCUCUUGAUGGUUUUUGUCGGAGUGCUUCUUUCCUGUUCUCAAAGUGUAUUUCAGAGAGAGUUAGAGUUAUUAAGUUUCGUGGAUAACCUCUCUCUCUAAGGUGCUUCUGGAAUUCUUCUAGUCGGUUUUAAAAGUUUUCUUUUGAGGAAUUUGUUCUGAGUAACCGGACGGCUUCGCCUUUUAUAAAGCCCUUCUUGACCCCUAAUGGGUGGCAAGACGUGAAAUGUGUAUAUUGGAAAGUUUCAGUAGGUUUAAAAUGCGUUCGUAUGUCGAGAAUUGACGUACUGUUAAACCGUUUCCCUUUGUACACAAUUGUAUCCAGAAAUGUGACUUUUUCCUCAGAGAUUUCUGCUGUGAAUUUAAUAGUGGCGUGAUGAUUAUUUGCUUGUUCAGUGUUAUUUGUUCUCUUCCGGUACCCCAGAGAGAGAAGAUGUCGUCUAUAUAUCUUUUCCAACAGAUAGGCUUUAUUGCGCUCUUUUUUAAUAACUCUGUUUCUACUUUCGCCAUGAAGAUAUUUGCGAAAGCAACAGCGACCUUUGUUCCCAUCGCUGUCCCGUGUGUUUGGAGGUAAUUUUUUCCAUAAAAAUGGAAUGAAUUUUCUUUUAAAAUGAGUCUGAGCGCUCGUAGUGACUGUGUUGGAAUCGGGGGUUUAUCUUUGUAGUGAGUAACAUAUGCUUUGCAUAUAGUUUUGAUCCCCUCUUCCUGUGGAAUGUUGGUAUAUAGACUUGUCACGUCCAUUGAAACAAUGAUCACGUACUUUGGGACUUCUGUGCUUUCUAUGAAAUUAAUGAAGUCUGUAGAGUCUUUAAGAUAAGAAGUCGUCUUUGUACUUUAGGUUGCAACAGCCUAUCAAGAAAUACUGAGAUUCUUUCUGUUGGUCCGUCACAACCUGAUAUUAUUGGCCUACCUACUGGUGUAGGCUUGUGAAUUUUAGUUAGGGUGUGGACAUGGGAAUUCUAGGCGGGCUUGGUGUUUGUGACAGCCAUUUUUUUGUCAUGUCACCAAUGUUUUGAUUUUCAUGUAGUUCUUGUAUUAGUUGUUUCACUUUAUAUUGAGUUUCCUUAACCAUCGGUAUCUAGGUCUCUGAAAGAUAUACUCGUAAAAGCUUAACUCUGAGAUUUAAAGGCUAAAACACGUGGGUGGAAAGCGUGAGUCAGGCUUGUCAACCCCUAUGAUUUUUCAAAGUAAAUUUUAGCGCCUUAGUAUAGUUAGCGAUACCGGGUUCACUUAAUUUUAGCGACAACGACUUCAUAGUUAGCGACAACGAAUUAAGUUUAGCGCCUUGAUAGUUAGCGACAACGACUUCAUGUUAGCGACAACGAAAACUUCAAUGUUAGCAACAACGACUUCAAGUUAGCGACAACGAGUUUAAUUUUAGCGACAACGACUUCAAGUUAGCGACAACGAAAUAAAAUUUAGUGACAACGACUUCAAGUUAGCGACAACGAAUUUGAAUUUAGCGACAACGAAUUCAAGAUAGCGACAACGAAUUUAAGUUUAGCGAAUUUUGAAACGUUUGGACAACCAUAAUCAGGAAGUUGAUUACCCUUUCAAUGGUUUUGCUUUUUCUCACUGUGUCUUGGAUUCUACCUUACCUACAUACCUGUGUUCACCUAAGCUGGCUCAAGACCAGUUUCAUUGCUCUUGUGAGGAGCUGCAGAUCUUUUGAAGUUUUUGCAAUGUGGCUUCCCUUUUUUAAGGAAGGAGGCAAUGGCAAUUUUGGAUAGUCACGACUGAAAUGUGUGUGGAAUGUGGGUGUAGCUUAACAAUAGUGAAUGAAAUUUUUUAAAGAUUUUACUCCCUGGUAAAGUCUGUUUACACCUGUGUUUGGGUUUUCUGUGCUUUUUAAAGAAUGGUGUCUGCAUCCUUGGACAUAGGUAGUGGCCAAAAAUAUUGCAAUACAUAUUUGAAAAUUCUUUAUUACGGUUUGCAGGAAAGCAAGGCAGAAAACCUGGCUUCUGAGUAAGUAUUAAUAAUGCUUAUAAAUAAGGAACUGAAAGAAACAAAUUGACAUUGUGGUUUAAGAAAAUAAACUUUUGUACAUAAUUAAGUUUCUUAAAUAAACCACUACUUGUUCUCUUAAAUUACAAUGUUUUUACUACCUGUCUGAAUGAGAGUGAUGUCUGGGUCUAGGAAAAAAAAAUAUAUAUUGUGACCAGGCUAUGGAAAGAAUUAAUCUUUAGAGUCUUACAGCUUGAAAUUAAGAAAACAUGCUCGUUUUGAGAAACUUACAUGUAGGAUAUGAUCUUACAGGGUGCAAAGAAAGUCAGUUUUACAGCUUGCCAUUUGGAAAAGCUGUAUUAGCCCAAGAGUCAUUAAUUUUUUAACUAGCCCGAAAAAGUUUUUGUCUUCUAAAUUCCUCGAAAAAGUUCAUUUGCUGAUUGGGGAAGUUAAGAACAGAAUUCACUAGCCUCAGAAGCCUGAUAGCAACAUCCACUAGCCCUGGGCUAUCGGACAUGCCUUAUUUCUUUGCAUGCUGUCUUGUAAGGCACAAAUUGAAGAUGUCCUUUACAGCUGUUAUCAAUGCUAUAAGCCAAUCUUGGCUCAGUGUUGAUCUUAGCCUUCCAUCUUCUGGAACCAGGCUGCUUAUAUGUGAUCCUUUCUGAAAAGAUGUCUGCAUGUUCUUUAUGUUAGGUGGUUUUGUUGUUGUUGUUCUUAAUUAGAAUAUUGGAGUCAUUUUAUGGAGGGUAUAAUUUUGCAAAAAGGAUUUGCCUUUCCUUUUUUUCUCCAUGCACCUCAAGGAUGUGGCAAUAACAGCUUUAUUUGAUAUGUUCUUGUUAGUGACAUGCACUAUAACAUGCAUUAAUUAUUAGUUACAAUAACAUGUGUGUGAUUUUUCAACUGCUGUCUUUUAGUUAUCAAUACCCAAGCAUGGCCAGGCUAGGAGAGAUGGUCGGAAAUGUAAUUGACCAUUUCAAGUAAGUCUGUUACAGAAAAGUCAAUUCAGUUUGUGACUUCCACAUCACAUCCUUUUUAAAAGAGAAUAUUAGCUGUGGUCGCACUAGGGUUAAAAACCGGUAUUUACGAGGGUGUUUUUCAGUGUUUUUAGUGCGACUGACUUUUUUUGCACUUCUGGUGUAAGUGUUAGUUGCUCGGGUAAUGUGGUAUCUUGAAAGGAAAUUUACCACAGUGUAAACCACACUCAAAAGACUGGUAGAGAAGUGUUUACACCAAAGUUAAUUACGAAAAAGGACUGGAAACUGCUGUGCUCACUACCCAGAUUACAUUUCCAAACUCGUGGGAAAACGCUAAAUCUGUAUAGAAAAAAUGUGAGUUUUCCACAAAAUUUUUAUUCGCCUGUAGGACCAACAGUUAAGGAAGAAGGCCCAUGGUUAUUUGACAUCUCUGUGAACAUGGAUAGGCCUAAAUUGAUCAUCUUCAGUGAGCCAUUCUCUGCAUUUCCCUAACCCUGAAGGCGAUCAUGAGGAGCUGUCUUCUCUCAGUCAACAAUUGACAUAAUUGUAAGGCAAGCUUCAUGAUCAAGGCAUGGAGAGUAAAAUUUACUCUCGAAGGCUAUUUAAUAGCCUUCGCUUCGUAAACAAGAAAUAAAAAUUAAAUUAAAAUCCCAACUAAACUUGCCAUGAGAAUACGUUGAUCCUGCAUUAUGUUUUCUUUUAAAUAAAACUUGAAAUCUCGUAUUCAUCACCCAUCUGUCAUCAAGUCAAAAAAAUCAAUCCUUAUGCAAAGGAAAUCUGACCCUUAAACAGUAGAUUUAGUGUUAACAGUGAAACGUAAACAGAAAUGUUUACACUGCUGUUACUCUAGAGGUAAACCCUAGUGCGACCGCAGCUAUUACUGCGAACUCCGAGUUUUCACCUUAAGUGAAAAUGUACAGCUGUACAUACCACAUACAUGUACAUGUUCACCCUAAUAAGGCUGGAACUAAAGAGUUAAAUGUUAUUAAUUGAGAUUGCUUGUUUGUUUUUGUAACAGUUUAAGUGACAUGGUUUGUUUUGGUGUUGGUGCAGGAGCAAAUGUUCUCACAGAACUGGCUGUAAGUAUUAAAUUUGAGGAAAACUUGUCAUUGACUAAACAUGAUUUUUCAUGUAUGGCCAAUUUUGGUGAAGCCACGUUUUCAUAUCUUAGGAAAAUCCUGGAUAAUUGGGGAUUUCACUGUGUUCUGACUAUCCUAGAUUUUGCCCAAAAAUGAAAACUUAAAAUAGCAGAUAUCCUUGAUUGUGUGGGAUAGUGUGGGAUAAACAAAGAGACGGAUCUGAAACACGGGGCGCUUUCCAUUCAACAAAAAUUCUGGUUUGAAAUUUUGAAAAUUCCAUAUUCUGGUUGCACAGAACUGACCAAAGCCACCACGCGUUUGGUUAUUGUUCUUGUAAGCAGGAUACAAAAGAGCAGUACUGGGGACAACAAUUUUGUCAAAUGGAAAGGGACAUUUCAGUCCGUCUGACCAAAAUGACCAGACCAGUCAAAGAGGACGACCUUCAAAGCUGGUUCCGAAUAUUCCAGUCAGACCAAACCAAAAUGGUCCGUUCCAUUUGGUGUACCAACUGAAAUUUCCAGAAUUUUGGUCUGAAUGGAAAGCACCCACGGCUUUACCCAUGCCAGACUUUGUGAUAAGCAACAAUUUUAUUAUACCCAUCAUAAUGAUAUUAUUGUCUUUUGUGCUGUCAGGGAUCCUGGGGGUUCAUGGGUGAUUGUUUUUGCCUCUAACUGCUUUCUCUACACGUAGUCUUUCCCUUGCUUGUGUAAGCAGCAAGACUCAUAAUCUGCUACGCAUUUUUCGUCGUAUUUAGGACACAAAAGGGGAUCAUUGUGCCAGGUGUUCCUUGCGGAGACUGUGGAAACUGGCACUAAGAAUUGUUGCGUGAUCAAAGCCAUGCAUGUUUUGCAUAGAAAGCUUAGGAAAGAUUAAAUUUAGAGCUUUUCCAAAAUGUGUUGGUCCAUAAAUUCUAUUGCUUGAAAGCACUGAUUACUUUGGAAUAAGUGAACACUACUGAGUGGUCAGAAAAAUAAUAAGAAUCUUGAUUAGCAAAACCGCGAUGGUCGGGUGUUGUAAACUUUCAUUGUAUGCAAAUGGCUCUUGUGGUGAGCAUGCGGUUUAUUUUUAGCGAUGAUUAAAAUGAUGUGCCAUGAAAAUCAUUUUUUUGAUCUCUGGCAGUGAUGUAAUUUCUCUGGAAUCAAGGCCCUUGAAUUUUCGUGUAUUUAUACACGCGUAUAGCCUGCGACUGCAGACAUAUUUACGGUCGUCGCGAACACCCGUACUAAAUCAAUUCAGAAACAAAUAACAGGUAUCAACGUCGAUAAAGUAGGAAGUAAAAAACCUUUAGCGAGUAAAUCCUGUUUCGUGUAGAAUUAUUUGCCUCCUCAUUUCUCUAUCUAAUCUCCAAGCAAGCGAGAGUGAAUGCCUCUGUAAGAGUGUUCUUGUUCAAAAUAGCACCAGGGACACAUUUUGCAAUUUUUUCUGUUUUGUUGGUAAGAUCUGGGGUGAAACAUAUGGAGUAUAAUUUGUGGAAAGUGCAUGAAUGAGUGAGUGCCGUGUUCCAGUGAUAUUUCUGAUAUGGAAUUUAAAACCAGUGUGUAAUUACCAUACAAAACACUUUUCCUGUGGCAUUGUGUUUAUUAUGUACUGAGACGUUCAUCACUCUGCCAGUCUUUCAAAAAUGGUAAACCGAUAAAACUUGCCAUUGUACAUUGUAAAAUGACAAAGAAAUAAUGUGAUAUUUUAGUACUUUUUAGAAAGAAUAAAUUAUAUUAAAGAUAAGAAUGUAGUUUUUCAGCGAAACCAAAGCCGACCUUCCCCCUAGACCCCCCCCACCUCCCCCCUCAAAAAACCCCCCUACCUUUCCAUCACAUCCCAUGAAGAAAAAAACCCUUUCAGACAGUUGAAUGAAGGCUAAAUACAUAUUUUGCUUGGGUAAAAUGUGGUUCACCAAUUCAAUUUAGGUUAAGAACCUGUUUAACCUAGAACUAGACGUGACCAGUAAUAUUCCCCCACUUUAAGUACCUUUAGGUGUACAAAAUGUAGAUUUUAACAAGUGGGAAUUUCUCUUUCAAAAGGUUUCAAAGUGGGGAAGUAAAAUAGCAGGACUUGUUGUGGUAGAACCAGGCAUUUCUUCUUCUUCUUUCAAAGAAUGGGGUGAAGGAAAGGUAAGAAUUCCUAUCGCCAAUCAUCAGCUUUGUUUAGUUGCCUUUUACUUACUUGCUUUCCUUUUCUUGAAAAAUUAAUGUUGUCUUGUUGGCCUACCACAAUCUUAGCACCUCCCAUCAUAUACUAAUAUAAGUUGCCUUCCAUGUAAAGACAUUGACAUUACAAACUGAUUGGAGCUCUAACAAAAGUCUUUUUUGUACUAAGUUUGCUACGUGUUUUCCCCUACAGUGUACAUAGCAAAUGAGUGUUUUAUUGCCUUCUAGAUUAAAACAAGGCAACUUGACAAGAAAGGAUUCACAGAAAGCACCAUAAACUAUCUCAUGUGGCAUCACUUUGAGAGGGUAAGAAAGAAGGCAUUGACGAUGUCAAGAAGAACUAAGUUAGCGUGGAGAUUGUUAGUAGGGGGCAGCUGGUUCAAAUGGUCAGGAAGUCAAACUUGCUGUACUUCCAAUGAAGAUAAGACUGUCGCAGUUGUAAUAGCAGUUUACAGCUGUAAGCAAUUACAAGUUAAGCCGUGCCCCCCCACCCAAAAAAAAAAAAAAAAAAAAAUCUUGGGCCCUCAACAAGAUCUGAACCCAUGGUCUCUGCAUAAGUGCUACAUUGCUCUACCAACUGAGCUAUAAAAACCCAUACAUUGGGAAGAGGCCAAUUGUUGAGUUCAUUUUAACCUGUGAAAGAUGUGAAAUAAAUUAUCAGGAUGUAUUGUAUUUCCGCAGGUCACAACAUCUUCAUUCUUUGUACCUACACCUAAGCAAAUCAUUUCCAUUUCCAUUUUUUAUGGCACAAUUGACAGACCAGCUAGACUAGCAAGAAUAUGCCAAUGACAACUUUUGUUAACCCCUGUAACUGAGGCUAGCGCUCAUGUUAAUUAUCUAUAAUAUUAUUAUUAUUUCUGUGGACAUCCCUUGAAGAUGUAUUCUUUCUGAUGGCAGGACACUGGAAAGCCAUCUGAGGAAUUGGUGGAUCGGUUUGUUGAAGAUGUGAAGGAGAACAUGAAUGCACACAAUGUUGCUGCAUUUGUAAACGCUUAUAACAGGUGAAUGCAUGUCUUGUAAAAAAGGAAAUGGAAAGAAACACUAAGCAAAAGAUGUUGUUGUAAGUAAUAGCGUCUCCAACUGUCAAAAAACUUGGAUUACUUCAUGCCCAGCGUUAAAGUUAUGUGUUUCAUGAUGCCUUUUCAAAAACAAAAUAGAUAAAUAAAGUGUUAGUUGCAGUACAUUGUCAUGAAAUAUGUACUGUUCCGAUGUCUUUUGUUCUCAGCCCAUACUACAUACUUUUCAUUUACUUCUCAAACAUUGCUAAAAUAAAUUGUAGUAUAGUUUUGUGUUCUUUGAGUUGAAAAGCCAUUUUCCUGUUUGUCUAAAAGCUAAGCUUUAAAAAUUCCUCUACCACAGUCUGUAUUCCAGUGUGCCAUCCUACUUGUAAUAAUUCUGCUAUUCCUGGUUUACUGUGUUUCAGCCGGAACGAUCUGGUGAAGGACAUGAAAGGACACAAGCUUGAGUAAGUUUGUUCACUUUACUGUUCUUGGAUGAUAAAGUUGUUGUGUUAUAUAAUAAUAUAAAUACUUAUAUGAUGACUCCCACUAAAUACAUUUUCAUUCUGAUAGUGUGUUUUUUUUGGGGGGGGUGCUGAUGUUUUCAAUUGCUAGAAAUUAGUAAUAUUUCAUAAUGGUCUGCAGCCAGUGUUUUUUGCUAUAUUUUAGUUUUAAGCAGUAACUGAAAAAUGUUUAACAGCUACUUGUAUUUGUUGCAGUGAAAAGACAGGUGUCCUUGUGGUGACUGGAGAACAUUCUCCUCAUCGCAGGAAUACUGUGAGUGCAUAACUAUUGCCUUAUUAUCAUCUAGAUCUUAAUCAAUGUGCAUAUUCUCCUCACUAUUCUUUUGUACACCUCUAAUGGCAGUAGUGACAUUUUGUUCUGAAAAUUAGACAUUCAAUUUAAAUGUCUGAAAUUUGCAUAAAUUCUAAAGAACUUAAUUUAACUUGAUUUGCAAGUACAUGGUUUCGGUUCGUUGUCACUUCCUGCCCUGUGAUCUCGUUACAAACGUUUUCCACAGAUAAUCCAUGGCAAACAUGUAUAGAAACUGUUCCUUCCCCUUGCUCGAGGGCUCUAGUUUUUAUUACCGAAAUACUAUUUUUAGAAAGAUAUAAACAUAGCCAAUAGAAAACAAACGUAUUGAAAAAACAAAGUAAACUAAGUAAAACAAACUAUAAAAUAAUUUUAAUUUUCUCUUUGGAUAAAAUGUCCCUGUAGUACAUGGUAUUAGCGUUUGGAGUAAUGCUACUGAGUUCAAAACCCGCCAUUGGCCAAAUAUUUUCCAUGAAUUUAAUAAAUGCCUUUCUUUUUCUUUUUUAUGGUUACUGGAGUACAGUCUAUUCAGUGCCAGUAAGCUUGUGUUCUCUCAGAAGACCGUCUAUAUUUUUAGGCUGUCGACAUCGGCUAAACUGUGUUUAAGCAACCACUGGUUUUGACCUCUUUUGCUAUCAAAUCUCUACGUAAAGUUCAAGUUAGAAAGUAAUUAGCAGUUAUUGGAUGAGGCUGAGCAAAAUAUGGUGUUUUGUCAGUAGUGAGCAGAUCUAUGGCUGAGGCAAAUAAUCGAUCUGCAAUUGUUUUAUCAUUCAGUCACCGAGUUUGUUUUUUGAUAAAUAUUUUCGAGAAGCUGCCAUUUUCACACAAGAGUGAUCACAGGCUUCAUUUAGGCAUGAGCAGAAUAUUAUUUGCAGCCAAACACAGCUAGACGACAUUGCACAUGAGCAGGCCAUUAUUUGCGGGCAGUUAUUUACAGGUCUCAUUGUGGGCUUGCGGCCAAUGAAAAAGAAGAAAAAUUUGCAUCGGAUGAUAAUGAUUAUUAGGUCGGUGCUUUAUUCUUAUCCAACCUGGCAAGGAAUUUAUUCUGGUCUUAAGUUAUUUGGGUCUAAGGAAGGAGAAGCCUGAAAAUGGCAAAAACUACUUAAUUUACAGGAUUUGGUUAUACAGUCAACUCUCUCUAAGACGGGCACCUUUGGGACCAGCACUAAGUGUCCAUCUUAGAGAGAUGUCUGUCUUAUAGAGACUCAAAUAAAGGAGUAAAGAAAGGCAGGGACCAUCUCUAGGCGUCGUUUUACAGAGGUGUCCGUCUUAUACAGGUGUCUGUUAAGAGAGAGUCGACUGUACUUGUACUGAAAGUUGCUGGUUGUUCAUUUUAGGAAGAUAAAUUCUAUUAUGGUGAUGUAUUGAAACAAACUGAUGUUAAAAUCAAGAGUUUGCUAACACCUGAUUGUGGAGCUAGUGUUCUGGAAGAAAAGGUAGAUCAGCUUAUUGUGUCAUUUCCCCAUUCUCGUUAAAAUGUUUUGUUGAAGCUAGAGUGAAGUUGGUCAUUGUCACUCUGACAGCAAUCUGAGUUAAAAAGGAACAAGGACUUUAGUGCUUACCUUAAUACAGGAAAAUGCCUUAGUGCUAAAAAGCUGUUUUCAUAAAAAGAAGAGUUAAGUUUUGGGACUAUUGUGCUUAAUAACAAAUAACAAUAGUAAUAAUGUGGCCAUAAUGCAAUUCACGACUUUCACAUAGACCAUAAUGCUCUUUGUUUACCCCCAGAAUUUUGCAUAAUCAUUCUCCUGGGUAUGACAGUCGUCCUAAGGGAAUUCUAAGACAAUGGUUAUGUAAAGUUUUGGGGGGUAAACAAGGCACAUUGUGGUCUAUGUGAAAAUGGUGAAUAUCGUACACUUUAAAAUCAUGCUUUAACCAAAAAUCACUAUUUGCACUCUUGCUGUUCAUUUUCUUGAUGUUCCCUUUCAUAAUCAUCAUUCCGUAGCAGUCAUAUGCUAAGUAUCCCUCAUUACCACUAUUCAAAGUUAGGAUGCUGCACACUAAUUGCACAUUUAACAUGAGCACAGAGGGGGAGGGAGAAUAUGGAGAGAAGAUCAGGAAUGGUGAAAUGUUUUGACCUUCUCAACAGUAGCUUUUGAUCAGGGGAGAAGUUUCCUACCAUAAUAUUAUUGACUCUGGACUGAUUUCCUACUUUUUUAUUUUUUGCAUUGGAAAAGUUUCAGUAGAUAAUUUGCUGAAAAAAAAAAUCAAUAAUCUAAUUCUUCUGCAUUUUUCACCGAUAGCCCGAGAAGAUGGCUGAAGGAUUGCUCCUUUUUAUUCAAGGACUUGGCCUGGGUAAGAUGUUUCCUUCUAAUAUUUAUUCAAGUAUUUAAAAACAUGUUGCAUAAAACAUGUUUAUCUGUAGUGCCAAGAAGAACACCCAUAAGAUUGUUAACAGGAAUAAGAUUGUGCUUGCUGAAUGAUAUCAGUGAAGUUAACGAACGCUGUAAAGUUGGAACAAAUAAGGAGACUUUUCUUUUAUGGCUUACAUGAAGGUGCAAUGCUCCCAUUAACUCUGAAGUCAUAUGUACUUGACGUGAAUUGUUUCAUGUAUGUAAAUUAGUAAGAUACCCGUUUACGUGUACUGAUCAUGUACGGCUGUUCUUUUCCACACUGAAACCAAUUAUUCCACUAUGGAGAAAGGUUUCGCCCGUUAUACAUUUCUGUAGAUCAGACAUUCUUUUCGGGAGAUUUUUUCCUUUCACUUUGUGAGGUUAUACAUCUGUACUGUUGUGAAAAUUUUGGCAAAGCUCAAAAACUUAUCGUUCUGUUUGCCGUUUGUGUAUUUGUAGUGUAUUUUUUUGAAUGGAAAAAGUGCAUUCAAGCAUUAAUAUAACCAGUAAUGAAAGAGUACGCACUUGGAGUGUUGUCACAUGAUCUUCAAUUCAAAAACCGUAUUUAAGAAGUGAGUAAACUCCAUUACGACAUUCUUAUACUUACUGUUUCUUAUUUGUUUUGUUUUGCAGUUCCCACACUGCGUACGCGCUCCAUGUCUGGCUCAUCAACUGGCUCUCGCAGCGGUUCCAUGAGUGAGGAUUAAGUACACUGAUCGGCACAUUUGCCAAUGUUUUGAUGACCUCACCCCAGCAUAUAAUUUUUGAGUGGAGUGUUAUGACUGUGAGGAAAUGUCAAGUCUUUCCUGACAAAUUUUUAGCCAAGGAUAUAGUAACAGGAUAUAAAAAGUAAUAGUUCAUGGAUUGGUAUAGGAUAAGGUGAUUUGGAAAAUACUGAAAUGAAAAUACUUGAUGCAGUGUCUCAGCACCACGCAAAAGAGUGAUGUAACGUUUUUACAGCUUUUGUAUUCUUUCCUCUCUUCCCUAGUCUUAUGGCAGAUGGAAAGAGCUCAUGGAAAACUUAAAACCUGAAACGUGGAAAAUUCUUUUUUCAUUUAUGCCAUCGUUUUGCAUUCACUUUUGUCCCCUAAACAGAAUAAAAUUUGUCUUCAUUCCUUU